AUGAUUUGGGAAGUAGGUGAAGGCGAAUACGUCUACAGUCUUGUUUAUGAGGAGUGGACAUCAUCUAUUGGCCAAGUUUUUGCUGAGGUUUCGAGUCAUGACAGUGAAGGUGAAUCCGAAGGCAUCAUCCCACGUGCUGUGAAAUUCCUCUUCCAGUCAAGAGAUAAGCUGGCGGAUUUAGACUGGCAGUUUGAGUUCAAGGCAUCUUUCAUUGAAGUAUACAACGAAGAAAUUUAUGACUUGCUUGGUGAGCGGAAAAAACUGGAUGUUAAGAUUGGAUCAGGCAACACCUCCAUCAACGGAAUGAAAUAUAAUGAAAUUAACGCUGUAGAUGAUUUGCGAGAAAACGCCAAUUUUUCCCAGAUUGAGAAUAUUCUUGCGGUAACAGAUUUGACAAGAUCAACUGCGGCGACGAAAUGUAAUGAGCAGUCAAGCAGAAGUCACGCAGUAUUUGAACUCGCAAUACAAGGGCAUAAUACAACCUCAGGAUCGUCUCGUCAUGCAUGCUUACACUUGGUGGAUCUUGCUGGAUCUGAACGAGUCAAAGAGUCUGGCUCUGAAGGUGAUCGCUUCAAGGAAAUGACAUACAUCAACUCGGCUUUAUCAAAUCUCCAGAACUGCAUUCGAUGCCAGCUAAAUAAGAACCAGCACAUACCCUACCGUAACUCGAAAUUGACCAUGAUUCUACGCGACAGCCUCGGAGCUGGCAAUUCGAAGACGAUGGUCAUUGUAACACUGAACCCAGCUGUGACCCAAAUUCCUGAAACUAAACGCAGCCUUGAAUUUGCGCAACAGAUGAGCAUGACUAAGAUCGGCUAUGCCAAAAAGCAGGAGCAAUGA